AUGGACUGUAGGGCAGAGGACUAUGAGAAGUCAUUUGUUGAGAAGUACUUGGAAAGAACUGCGGCGGAAAGGAUUGACGAUCUUCUAGAAAAGAUAGAGAUGUACAAAGGCAAGGGAGACAUGGAGAGAGUGAGGAAGCUUGAGGGGGAGAUAGAAGAGAUUCGCCGAGGGCUUGCUGAGGACAAGUCGGUUAUAUUGAAAGCUGAGGAUAGAAAGGAGGAUGCUGGAGGCAAGGAGUCGAUUGACUUUGAAUGGUCUGGAUCUGAUGAUGAUGAAAGAGUCGAUGUGUUCAAUUUGAGGUGCGAGAAAGCGAUCCAGAGGUACUGUGGCUUUAUGGGAAUUGGAAGAGGUGAGUUUGAAGAGCAUUUGAAGAAGGAAAGCAAGAUACGGCAAGGGUUUUCUGUCCCUGGGUUUCUUUGGGACACACUUUUUGAAUACCAGAAGGAUGGGGUAGAGUGGAUGCUGAAGCUAUACAAGGAGGAGAAAGGAGGGGUUCUUGCCGAUGACAUGGGCCUUGGGAAGACGGUUCAAAUGAUUGUGUUCCUGUCAGUUCUUUUCCAAAGCGGGUAUAUUUCCAGGGUGUUGAUAUUGUGUCCUGCCACCAUAGUUUCACAGUGGAUUCUUGAGUGGAAGAGAUUCUAUCCGUUUGUGAGGGUGUAUUUUGGAUUUUCUGAGAGGAGUGGAGAAGGAGUCUAUCUGAUGUCAUAUGAGAGAUUCAAAGCAAGAGAGAAGGGUCUUGUAUGGGACAUCUUAAUUUUAGAUGAGGGCCACAAGAUCAAGAACAGAAAUGCGCAGAUUACGCUUUCUGUGAAGAAGGUGAGGGCAAGGAGUAAGUUUGUUCUUUCUGGGACGCCCAUCCAGAACAACCUUGGAGAGCUGUGGUCUAUAUUUGACUUUGUCAAUCCCGGGCUUCUAGGGUCGCACACCUCCUUCCAUGAAGAGUUUGAGGAGGUGAUACGUAGGGGAGGAUACAGGAGUGCUAGUAAUCUCCAGGUUGAAAGGGCAUACAAGCAUAGCUUGAUGCUGAGGUCGCUAAUAGAGCCGUAUAUAUUGAGAAGGACAAAGUCGCAAAUAUCUCACAAGCUUCCGUCGAAGGAGGACAAGAUAGUGUUCUGUACACUAACGCCUGUUCAGGUUGAGCUUUACAACAGGGUUCUUGAAUCUAAGCAUGUGAUGAAGGUUCUGACGGGGAAAGCAAACCUGCUGAGUGGGAUUUCGAUGCUUCGGAAGGUAUGCAAUCAUCCAAGGCUAUUCUUUCCAGGGAAGGUAGAUGGCCCUGAGGACUGUUCCUCUGAGACGUGUAAUGAAAAGAAUGAUGGAAAGGCCGAGAUUUCUUUAGAAGGGGAGGAGAGAUAUGGGCUUGUGAGCUCUUCAUGCAAGAUCAAGAUUCUGAUGGAUCUUCUUAAGAAGUGGAAAGAGGAGGGAAGCAAGGUGCUUGUAUUUUCGCAAACAAUAAGGAUGCUAGACAUAAUAGAGAUGUGUAUCAGGAAGUAUACGUAUCUGAGGAUGGAUGGAAGGACGGCGACCUCUGUUAGAUCUUCGCUUGUGGAUAGAUUCAACAGAGACGAAGAUGUAUUUAUAUUUCUUUUGACGACCAAGGUAGGAGGGCUUGGGCUGAAUCUUAUUGGAGCGUCUAGGAUAGUUAUAUAUGAUCCUGACUGGAAUCCAUCGACAGACACGCAGGCCAAGGAGAGGGCCUGGAGGUAUGGACAGAGAAAGGAUGUGGAGAUAUAUAGGUUUGUUUGUAAGGACACGAUUGAAGAGAAGGUUUACCAGAAGCAGAUAUUUAAGGAUCUGCUUGGGAAGAAGGUUUUGAGCAAUCCAAGGCUGAACAGGUUCUUCAACAAGUCGUGCAUAAAUGAGCUGUUCAGCUUUACGAUGACCAGCGGGGCUGAUGAGGUUAGGAUGCAUGAAUCGCACAAGUGUGAGCUUGAGGAUGGGGCUUUGAAGGAGGUCCGAGAUGGAGAUGCAGAGGUAUUUUCCAGGAUGAAGAGCUUGAACGAGAAGAAGGUUCUGAGCGGCUCUGAGGUACUUGAGUAUAUAAGGCUGAGGGAGAGCGGGUAG